GGCGACUAUCGGAUUUUUAGUGGUGUCGGUUCCUUUCUGUUCCGUUCUUUGUCGCUAAGUAUGCGUGCGUUGUGUCCUUAUUAUUCCCUAUACCAGGUCCUGCUGCUUCUUCUUCUUCUCAAGGUCUCUCGUUUUUCGUAUUCUUUUUUUUUCUUUCUUUUUCUUUUUCACUUUUUUUUUGAGUCACUGUAUGCAUUGUCACUGCGGGGGAGAGGGAUAUGGAUGGGCCGAAGGAAGCGGUGAGGGGAAAUUGUGAUGAGGGGAUUUGAUGUGAUGGAUGGAUGGAUGAGCGUGAGAGUGGAAGAGAGAGAGAGCAUAGAUACGCUCGAGAAGAGUGAAGAAGGGAUAGAUAUCUGCAUCAUCAUGAGCAUCAUGAGCAUCAGCAGCAUCAUCAACAGCAUCAACAGCAUCAACAGCAUCAACAGCAUCAACAGCAUCAACAGCAUCAUCGUUAACAGCAUCUUAUUUCAGUUGCCCAUUAGGUUAUAUGUUCGUGAUGAUUUGUUUUGGUUUUUUUGGGUUUGUUUUUGCAUUGCGACUGCGAUUGUGAUUGCGAAUCCGAUUGUGAUGCCGAUUGCGUGCUGUGGAAUUCGAGAGAAAUAUAUUGCCGGUGGACUCUGGAGAGUGGAGAGUGGAGACUCGAGACUUGAGAGGGAGGGCUCAGGGAAGGGAUGGGGGGAUGCUGGUAGGCUUAUCUAUCUACAUAUUCAGUCAGUUCCGUGCUGUAUCCAUGACUGCUGCGGGGAUUCUGCGCUCUACCCACCUACUUACUUGCUCUGCGUACCUGUAUGGAGAUGUUUUUGCAUGCAGUGAUCAGUAUACACAGGUAUGAAUAGUAAAGUGCUGUGUAAAUACUCUCCGGGCCUUGUGGGUGCGCAUUCGCCGAGGAGCGCACGGGGAGUGAGUGGGGAGGGGUGGGGAGUGGGGCUGCGGCCUGCGGGUGGUGAUGAUGAUGACGGUGGUGGUGAUGGUGGUG